AACCCAAUUGAUUAUUUCCUUCCGCCCCUCUUGCCUUGCUUUGCUUCUUCCUCGUCCUCCUCCUCUCGAGCCUCCAUCGGCAUCCCCAUUCCUCCUCCCCCUUGCGAGACGGUCGGUCAAAAACAAAAUUCCCCAAUCCCCCCACCACGCCAACCAAUCCACAGAUCCAUCCACCCACCGCCAUGGAGUGCGAGCCCGAGGAGCUGCAGUUCCUGGGCGCCGCGGGCGUCUACUCCGCCUCCGCGCAGGUCCUCCGCGGCCCGCACCGCCCGCUCUUCGCCCGCAUCGCCGCCGCCUUCGUCCUCCCGCUCUCCGCCCUCUUCCUCCUCCACAUCGCCAUCUCCCACGCCCUCUUCCGCCACAUCGACUCCGACGACACCGCGCUCGACGCCUCCUCCCCGGGCUCCGACGCCCAGCGCCGCCUCCUCUCCCGCCUCGCCUCCGACUGGCUCGCGCUCCUCCUCUUCAAGGCCGCCUACCUCCUCGCGCUCCUCCUCCUCUCGCUCCUCGCCACCGCCGCAUCCGUCUUCUCCGUCGCCUCCCUCUACUCCGCCAAGCACGACGCGCUCUCCUUCCCGCGGGUGCUCUCCGUCGUGCCCCGCGUCUGGAGGCGCCUCGCCGCCACCUUCCUCGCCGCCUUCGCGCUCCUCUUCGCCUACAACGCCGCCGCCGUCCUCGUCCUCGUCGGCCUCCUCGUCGCCGCCGACAACGGCUCGGGCCUCGCGGGCCUCCUCGCCUUCCUCGUCCUCCUCGCCUACCUCGCCGGCCUCGUCUACCUCAGCGUCGUCUGGCACCUCGCCAGCGUCGUCUCCGUGCUCGAGGACUACAAGGGCUUCGCCGCCAUGCGCAAGAGCAAGGACCUCAUCCGCGGCAAGCUCCCCACCGCCGCGGCCAUCUUCUUCACGCUCAACAUCGUCUUCGCGGUCGUCGAGCUCGCCUUCCGCGCCUGGGUCAUCAAGGGAGAAUCCUCCGCGCCAACCAGGCUCCUCCUCGGCGUCCUCGCGCUCGCCGCGCUCUCCUGCGUCGUCAUGCUCGCGCUCGUCGCGCAGACACUCGUCUACCUCGUCUGCAAGAGCUACCACCACGAGAGCAUCGACAAGGCCGGCAUCUCCGACCACCUCGAGGUAUACCUCGGAGAAUACGUCCCGCUCAAGGCAUCAGACGUACAGAUGGAGCAAUUCCAGGUCUGAACAAAUACGUCCUGCAGCACGAUAUAUAUGCUUGCUUGCUUCCCUGCUUCAUCCAUCCAUUCGAUCCCCUGCUCGCUCCACCAGAUCCCUUUUCCUCCCUCUCCUGGCUGUUGGCUGGAUGAUUGGAAGGAAAUCCUUUCCUGCUUGUAUUUCCUCUCCUCCUCCAUCAGCACUAGCAUUAGCAUCAGCUUGCUUGCUUGUUGUAAUCUGUAACUUUACAUGCCAACAACGCCAAACAUAUCAUCAUGAACAUAAUACUUGUAGUACUUGUUAGAAUGGUAGUGGUAUAUUGGUUGGGGACAAGAAGAAUAAUCAUGAGAACUGUUCUCUGUACCUGUCUGUAAGGGUACAUGUAGGAUGCACUCACUGCUUUUAAAGCACAAAACAGGAAGACUGAACAUCUAUGAGUUGCGAAAUGGAGCUAUAGGUUAAUUUGGAUAUACUCAAUGUUUGUAUACACUUAUAAUCGACAAAUAGAUGUUUCAUUCAUUAUGAUCAGCAAUCGAAAUUUGGCUAAGGGAGGGAAUAAUACUUCUGCUUACUACCUUAAUAAUUAAUAUGUCCUGCUCUGAAUGCCUGAUUCCCCAAGCUGGCUAUCAUUGCCAACGGUACUUAAGUGUGUCUGUAUUCUGUAACUCUGCGCUGAUAUUUGUCAUUUCAACAUUGUGAAACUGAUGUAGCUAAUACUGAGAUCACAAACAUUGUGGUUUUGGUCA